GCGGGCGCUUCCGCAGGAAGAAGGAAGCGGCGCCGUCGUCCCCUCCUGGCGUCCCCUCCCCGCCUCCUCGGUCCUCCGGCCGCCACCAUGUCCGCCUCGGCCGUCUUUAUUCUCGACGUCAAGGGCAAGCCCCUGAUCAGCCGCAAUUACAAGGGCGACGUGCCCAUGAGCGAGAUCGACCACUUCAUGCCGCUGCUGAUGCAGCGCGAGGAGGAGGGCGCCCUCGCCCCGCUGCUGAGCCACGGCCGGGUCCACUUCCUGUGGAUCAAACACAGCAACCUCUACUUGGUGGCCACCACGCUGAAGAACGCCAACGCCUCCCUGGUGUACUCCUUCCUCUACAAGACGGUGGAGGUGUUCUGCGAAUACUUCAAGGAGCUGGAGGAAGAGAGCAUCCGAGACAACUUCGUCAUUGUCUACGAGCUUCUGGAUGAGCUCAUGGACUUCGGUUUCCCGCAGACCACGGACAGCAAGAUCCUGCAGGAGUACAUCACGCAACAGGGCAACAAGCUGGAGACCGGGAAGUCGCGGGUGCCCCCCACCGUCACCAACGCCGUGUCUUGGCGCUCCGAGGGUCUCAAGUACAAGAAGAACGAGGUUUUCAUUGAUGUCAUAGAGUCUGUCAACCUGCUGGUCAACGCCAAUGGGAGCGUCCUGCUGAGCGAGAUCGUGGGCACCAUCAAACUCAAGGUGUUUCUGUCGGGGAUGCCGGAGCUGCGGCUGGGCCUCAAUGACCGCGUGCUCUUUGAGCUCACUGGCCUUCCAGGCAGCAAGAACAAGUCGGUGGAGCUGGAGGACGUGAAGUUCCACCAGUGCGUGCGGCUCUCGCGCUUCGACAACGACCGGACCAUCUCCUUCAUCCCGCCCGACGGCGACUUCGAGCUCAUGUCCUACCGCCUCAGCACCCAGGUCAAGCCGCUGAUCUGGAUCGAGUCUGUCAUUGAGAAGUUUUCCCACAGCCGCGUGGAGAUCAUGGUCAAGGCCAAGGGGCAGUUUAAGAAGCAGUCGGUGGCCAACGGCGUGGAAAUAGCGGUGCCCGUGCCCAGUGACGCCGACUCCCCGCGCUUCAAGACCAGCGUGGGCAGCGCCAAGUACGUGCCCGAGAGAAACGUCGUUAUUUGGAGUAUUAAAUCCUUCCCGGGGGGCAAGGAGUACCUGAUGCGAGCCCACUUUGGCCUCCCCAGCGUGGAGAAGGAGGAGGUGGAGGGCCGGCCCCCCAUCGGGGUCAAGUUCGAGAUCCCCUAUUUCACUGUCUCUGGCAUCCAGGUCCGCUACAUGAAGAUCAUUGAGAAAAGCGGUUACCAGGCCCUGCCGUGGGUUCGCUAUAUCACUCAGAGCGGCGAUUACCAACUUCGAACCAGCUAGAAGGGAGAAGGUGGGGACUUGAACCUGGGGCCUUCAUCUCCAAGGGCCCCUGCUGCAGAUUGUAGAGAGAGGGCGGGAAGCUGGAGCGAGUGUGUGUGCGGGUGUGGGGGGGACUGGCCCCUGGCAUAGCAGUCUCUUCCUCAGUUCCUACCUCCUGGCCCCUCCACGCCACUCCUCUACCCAUUUGUCUGGGAGAAACGGUCUCCCUACCUCCCUCACCCCUGGAACUGCCUCCUCUCCUGGGAUUUAUAUGAAGAAAACAGAAGAGGGGCUUGCAGCCCCCCCCUCAUAUGUGCCUUCUUGCAGUGAUCUGCCUUACUGGGUGUGGGGGCCCCUCUUACAAAGCUGCUAAGUCCAGAGGCCCGACUGGCCCACUCUGUGCUUUAGGGUGUCACUAAAAAGAUGAAUCUAGGGGCCGGCAGAUGGCAUGGUGGUUAAGGUGUUGGACUCCCACAUGGUUGGCCGUGGUUCGAUUCUCGGACA